AUGUAUUCUAGCUCUGAAGAAGAGGAAUAUGAUUGUCCGCUCUGUAUGGAAGAGCUGGAUAUUGCAGAUAGAAAUUUCAGACCUUGUCCAUGCGGUUAUCAGAUUUGUCGUUUCUGUUGGCAUCAUAUUCGUGAAAAUCUCAACGGCCGAUGUCCAGCAUGUCGUAGAGAAUACUCUGAUCAGAAUGCAGAAUUUGAGCCUAUCAGUGCUGAUGAAAUAUCUCGCAUCAAACGUGAAAAAAAGGAAAAGGAGCGACAGCAGCGAGACAUGGACUUGGCAAACAGACGACAUUUAGCCAACAUGAGAGUGGUGCAAAAGAACCUUGUGUACAUUAUUGGCCUUCACCCAAAGUUGGCUACAGAAGAGACGAUUCGCUCAGCAGAUUACUUUGGACACUUUGGCAAAAUUGCAAAGAUUGUCAUCAAUAAGCGGCAGAUUGCACCUACAUCACAUGCCAACGGGGCGACUUCAAUGCAACCCAGUGCAGCUGUAUACGUUACCUAUGUGAGAAAAGAGGACGCAGCAAAGGCAAUACAUGCUGUGGAUGGCAGUGUGAUGGCUGGUAGAAUCUUGAGAGCCUCUUACGGCACAACGAAAUACUGUACAUACUAUCUUCGCAAUAUGACCUGUCCAAACCCAAAUUGUCUGUAUCUCCAUGAACCAGGAGAGGAUGCAGAUACAAUAUCCAAGGAAGAAUUGGCUACUGGAAAGCACCGUAUGAGAGACCAAAUGGCCAAUGACGAUUCAGACGAUGAGCAUGAUCAAGAGGACAUGGAUGAUGACUUUCGAUCGGCUUCCACCAAAGAUGAGCGAUCUGCAUUACCAGCAACUGCCUCCUGGGGUAAAACCAGCACACCAGGCACACCCGUCGCCAAGAAUAGUCAGUUGCCAGAACGUGCAUUGACGCCUGAUGCAUUUGGCCCACCCUUAGCGGUGGCAGUAGCUCAACAGCAACAGCAGCAGCAACAAAAGCAGCAGUUAUCGCCCAGUGUACUAAAACGAAAAUUAGAAAAGAAAAAGAGAAAGGAAUUGCUUAGGCAAAAGAAGGAGGAGGGGCUACAGUUGAAGGAAAAGCCAGUGGCAGAGCAAUCAUCCUCAUCAACACCAACAGCAGCAUCAUCAGCAGCAGCAGCAGCACCUCAGAAGGAAGCAUUUGAAUUUGAUCAUCUCGUCAAUUUUGUGCUGGGAGAUGCUUUCAACCAAGCGUGUCUGCCGGAUGUCGACAGUGCGGAUGAGGAGGACAAGCCAGUCGGUGUAUCUGGUCUCUAUUCAUCGGAUGAGGACAGCAAUGCUGUUCAAACACCUAACGAAUCCAACAGCAGCCAUGAGAUAGAGAACAGCUUGACGGAAGAAUUAAACAAGCUCAAUUUUGAUGCCGUUUCACCACUAGAAUUCUUGACACAAGCGGUACCUACACCGGCAUAUACAGGCACAUUUAAUCCUUUCACACAUCAACUGUUGAGAACAUCACCACCAAUAGAAAACACGAGCUUAUUUGAUUCUCCUGUUCGAAAAACGUCUCGAUUUGGUUUUGCACAGUUUUAA